AGAAAGGAGUUGAUUGCAGAAAAGAAAAGAAAAGAAACUAAAAUAUUGUCACAAAAGGUUUCAGGAGGCACGUGUACGGUGUGGGAGGUUGAAGAUUGCAUCCUCUCACUUGGUAGGAUUUUCCUUCGCUUUCGCCAGAAAAAGGUCAAGGAAAGAGCUAUUAUAUAGAAGAUUGGUUGCUUGAUGCUUCAUGCCCAGCAUAGCCCACCAUACCUCACAGGAUUUGUUUAAACAAAGACGAUGAAAUAAUCAAAGGGCCUGAGAACUAAGGAUUAAUAACCAAUGCUAACAAACAUGAAAAUUACGAUUAAAUGGCCGUUCAACAGUUUUAUUUUCUUACCCAGAAUAUCAAGAAAUUUAUUGUAUUCCUUCAUUCUCUUCUCAUUUCUCAUUUUGGUAAAAGAAGGGAAAGAAAAAAAAAAAAAAAAAGGGAAAAAGAUGCUCUUCCUGUCUCUCUGUUUCUCUCUCUCUCUCUCUGGGAAGAAUUGAGAGUUUUGAGUUGUAACGCCAGAAGGGUUAUGAAGAAUUUAAGGAUUGAGUUGUAACUCCAAAGGGGUCAUAGCAUUCUCCUUUAGUUGUUGAAGCAAUUGAAGCGAGAGAGAGAAGGAGAAAGAGUACCCAGAAGAGAUCCAACCCAGAAAGGAAGUCUAUGUUUGUCUCUUUCUGUGAAGAAUUAAGAGUUAGUUGUAACUGCAAAAGGGUUAUGAAGGAUUAAUAACUGGGCUGUAACGCCAAAAGGGUCAGAGCAUUCUCGUUUAGUUGUUGAAGCAGUUGAAGCGAGAAAGAGAGAGAUAUACCGAGAACCCAGAAGAGAUCCAACCCAGAGACGAAGGUGGAAGCCCUAGAAAGUUUUCCAGAUGGGAGAGUCCUGUGAUACUCAUUCUGAAGAGGAGAAAAUCCUUCCAGAGAAGAAUAAGAAAAGAAGGGUCAAGACACCAUCCCAAGUUGAGGCUUUAGAGAAAUUUUACAAUGAACAUAAAUAUCCUUCAGAGUCAAUGAAGUCAGAACUGGCAGAAGAACUAGGAUUUUCAGAGAAACAAAUCUCUGGAUGGUUUUGCCACAGGAGGUUGAAGGAUAAAAAGUUGAGGGAGGAAGCAUGUGCCAACGGAAGACAAGAUCUUUCGAGUGGUGUUAUACAAGAGCAUGGCAGUGGACUUAGGCAGGAUUCCUGCAGCAGCACCAAGCAAGGUGACUAUAGACAUUUUGAUCCAAGGGAGGUGGAAAGUCGUAGGCUCUAUGGCCAGGAUUAUCCAGUAACAGACGUAACUUAUAAGAAUAUGGGUCAAUAUAUGCAUGCUGGACAUUAUGGUACAGCGGACAACACAUCUUCAGGAAGUAGCUCAGCUUCACAGGACAGGUUACUUCCUCUUAGUGGGAAUCAAUAUGAUAUGGAGCCAUCAAGGUAUCAUUCUCGGAAUAGUAACAAUACGCCAAUGGAUACGAGGGGUGUGCAGGACAGAGGAUAUAUGAGGGGAUAUUCAAACUUGCAGGAUGAUGUUGAACAUGCUGCUAUCACUGCUGUUAAGAGACAAUUAGGGAGGCAGUACCUGGAAGAUGGUCCACCACUUGGUGUCGAAUUUCAGCCUCUUCCUCCUGGUGCAUUUGAACCACCACCAAUUGAUGAUCUGGACCAUGAUAAUCUCUUAGAGCCAUAUUAUGUUGGUGACCCCAUCCAGCAGGAUUCUCUGAGCAUCCCAAGAAGCUCUAAUGCACAUGGUACUGGCAUGAGAUAUGACAGAUACAAUUCCAACAUGCAUGCUCAAGGGCCAUCUCCAGAAGGAUCCCAACUUAGAAGAACCAUGUGGGAGUCUAAUCCCCGGGAUGUGUUCCCAAUCAUCCCACUGAAACAGAAGUCUUCCAAAUACUGUAAUCAUGCCCCUGACAGGAAUUCUGCCUUGGAUUUUGAUGAAGAUUCUGCUGGGGAAACCUCUGGUUUUAACAGCAGGAGGAAGCAUCGGACUAGAUUUAAGCAUGGUGUGGAAGGUAUGAGAUCAGAUUUUGCCACAGACCAAAAUCUUCGCCUUAACAGUGGAAAAGGCAUUGCAAAUGAAUCAUCAUAUCCUCAGUUGCAUAACUAUGAUAAUGCCAGCCCUAAUGUGUUUCAAAGACGGGGAUACUUCGAGUCUAAACCUUCCAAAGUGGAACUUCUACACACUGAAUCUCUUGAUAAUGAGGACAGAGGAAAGUCUAGGAUGGCAAAGUGUCCGGAUGGAAGGGCCUAUGUAGGUAGGAGGAUGGGUAAUGAAUAUGGCAAUCAGGUUCAAUUAAAGUUGCAGCCGAAAAAUGAAAUGAAAAUGGCUAAGAGAAUCAGAGGAGAUGAAUUUUUGCCUCGGGAAAAUGUUUCGAAAACACCGUCUCCGCAGGCAGUGCUGCCAUGGACAAACCUGAUAAAAGGGUCUGCUGUGGAGGCCCCAACCAGUUUCAGUGAGGAUGAAACUGAGGAAGCUAGUUCUUCCACAGGUUAGGAACUGACAACAUAGGUGCUGGGCGUGGUUACAAACCUUGAGGGUUUUUCAGGACUAGAACCAAAGGAAGAACAUGGAUGGUGGGAAAAAGAAAGGGAAUAUAUGGGCUUGUGGCAUGUUGCAGUGGAAAACCAUAUGAUGUAGCCAAAAUCCACCUCUUCCCUUCUUUUUGGUUCCACCCCUCUCCCAAGAGCAACAGAAGUACAGCAACUUUUGACUUCCAAAAGUACAUUUCCAUUUGUACUUUUCUUUCUUUUGGUUGUAACAAAAACAUUGUAACUUCUAGUCAUUUGAUUACCCAUCCACCCCCUACAUGUUGUAAGGGCAUAUGGUAGCCAUGGGGACUAGGUAAAUAUAAUUAUAGUUAAGAAAAAACCUGCCCUUUACCAAUUUUA